AUGGAUUUCUCCAAAGAUCCUAUCAUAAUGACCGACUCAUCGGCACAAAAUGGACAACGUACCAGUCCUCCUCCCCGCUUCGAGGGAAAGCCUUAUCUGCAAUGUCUCGACACGCUCGAGGAUGCGUUUCCAGCGCUCAAGUCCUUCUUGGAAAAGCUAGCAAAUGAGGGAGAAGCCGGCCGUCAGGCUGUUAGGCAACACUACGAGAAAGAGCAUCAACGCACACCGGGCCGAUGCUAUUGUUUGGAGUUUAAGGCCAAAAGCGUCGUGGAGGUGGAAAAAGGUGGCUUUAAGAGCGCUGCUGCGCUCCGAGAGUACCUCAAGGAGAAGCCAGCCAAUAAGAGCCGUGAGGAGAGACACAAGCGGCUCUUCAUCCUUGAAGAUAUGGAACCGGACUAUGUGGACGCACUGGGCCAUCAUCUAGGCGUCGACCCUCUGGUCUUCAGCGAGCAGAUGAACACCUGGAACUUUACUGACUCCUGGUCCAUCCCACAUAGAGGAUUACCAUCGAUGUCAGUGCCUGGGCAGUCAUUCACUUUGCGCUAUUACGAGCUGCGCACUUUGCUCUAUCCCGAUAAGAUAGACGUUCUGAGUUUGCAGACCUCGUUUGCUGUGAAUCGCCGGAGCAAUACCCGAAAAACCUUGGAUGACUGCUUGAUUCUACAAGCUGGAGAGCCUUUUGACAGCAGGUCAGCACUCUGGCGAGCGCAAGACUGGGGCGCAUCCCAUGCCCUCCAGGAGACUUCACAUCAGAGCUGGCCGUACCAUAACGGAUGUUCCACAUUGGCCCCACUGAUGUUCUCCGAAGUCGGUUUGGGGACAAAAGAGGUGAACUUUCCAGUUUUCCGGGAGAAGCGGAACCUUACCAGUGCCAUGGAUGAAAUGGUGUUCUACUGGACCAAGCUUGCUACUCCCGAGCUGAUCCAGGAGACGAACGAGAAAUCGUCCAACGCAGCAUACUACCUCCUAAAACAUGUCGCUCAACACUGGGUCAACCAACUUGAGCUUAUGAAUACGACCAUCGCCAGGGGUGAAUGGUUCUCCGAUGACUAUCAAGCUCAAAUCGAUGACAAUUUGAGUAAACAGAAAUGGAAGCUAGACCUACUGAAGAUCAACGAGAUCGCCAAGGACAUCAACUACAUGCGUUGA